AUGGGAGAGAGUGAAACAACAAUGAAAAAAAUUGAGAAAGAAAGCUUUGAGAUGAGUGAAAAACAUGAAAUUGAUGAUGAUUCUAAGCUCAUCUACAGAGGUUGGAAGGUCAUGCCUUACAUUAUAGGAAAUGAAACAUUUGAGAAAUUGGGAGCCAUUGGAACAUUACUGAACCUGUUGGUGUAUCUUACAACUGUAUUCAACCUAAACAACGUCACAGCUACAAACAUCAUCAACAUCUUCAAUGGCAGUACCAACGUUGCUACCUUGCUUGGUGCUUUCGUCUCUGACACAUAUUUCGGCCGUUACAACACAUUAGGAUUCUGCAUCAUCACUUCCUUUCUGGGAUUACUUGCAAUACAACUUACAGCUGUAUUCAAGAAUCUGCAUCCACCAUCCUGUGCAAAGGAAAGUAGCACAUGCAUUGGACCAACAGCGGGACAAAUGACGUUUCUAUUUUCUGGGUUUUGCUUACUCUUGAUAGGUGCUUCAGGGAUUCGACCGUGUAAUUUAGCAUUCGGUGUUGAUCAAUUCAAUCCAAAAACAGAAUCAGGAAAGAAAGGAAUCAACAGUUUCUUCAAUUGGUAUUAUUUCACCUUCACUUUUGCUCAGAUGAUUUCUUUGUCAUUGAUUGUGUAUGUACAAUCAAGUGUGAGCUGGGCAAUUGGUCUUGGAAUUCCUGCUGCAUUGAUGUUGUUAGCUUGUGUGUUAUUUUUCAUGGGUGAUAAAUUGUAUGUUAAAGUAAAACCAAGUGGCAGUCCCAUCAAAAGUAUUGUACAAGUUUUAGUGGUUACAGUCAAGAAAAGGAGAGUUAAACUACCUGCUCAGCAUCCAAUGCUUUCCCUCUUUGAUUAUGUGCCAUCCAAGUGCGAUUAUCCAAAGCUUCCUCACACAUAUCAAUUCAGACGUCUGCUUUCGUAUCCAUCAGGUUGGAUACACACCAAGUGUGGCUUUCCAAGCAUGGAAGAAAGCAUAUUAGAUCAGUUGAAUGAAGAGUUGAAAGAGAAAAUAAAGAAUGAUGUUUAUGACAUGGCUCCUUGGAAAUCUCCAAGUCCAGAUGGAUACCGUGUAGGCUUUUAUCAAAACUCUUGA